AUGAUAAAUAUUUUUUUCUUACCAUUUAAGCAAGAAACAACAACAACAUCAUGCACUUCCAAUACACCUGAAGAAACAAUUAGUAAAGCACUAGAUGGAGAAGUUGUUGUAGGAUUAUUAUUAGCAAUAGCAUCACUUGUACUUAUUAUCUCGUGUGAUGCUUCGUUUAUUAAAGGUGCAAAAACACCGAUAACACUUUCAGUUGACACAACAAUUACUUUUUAA